AAGUUCACUUAUAUCGAGUCACCCCGUGGGCUCUUCCCAGGAGCAAAUCCCUCAUUUACACCCCGGCCAACACCCUCGUCUCCCAUCCACUACUUCGUGACAUCCCCACGGCUUCAUUCUACUCCGCUCUCCAAUCGGCCCCUCCACCAAAAGAAUACGUCCUGUUUGGCUCUACCAAAGCUGGCGCGUGUGCUCCGCACUUGCCCUUUUAAAGUCUCAUCCCAAAGCCCUAGGGUCCUUCGACAACUGAUGGGAGACGCCCUCUCAGACAUCGCUGGAAGACCGCUACCAGUCUGGUCAUGGCUUAAAGCCUCCCUGCCCUCCUCCCUGGGCUGGCUGAACCUCCGGCAAGCCUCUGUUCAUGCCUCGGCAGCGUAUAUCGGCUCCCUCCACCAAUCACGACACCUGGUGGCCAAAAUUCUGGGACGGACCGCCCCCCAAUCCACCUUCCCUACUCCCUCCAAUCCAUGGGAGUCCAUCCAGGACAUUGAUGUCCCUCUCUCCCAACAUGAUCAACCCACUGUACCAUACGAAAUGUAACUUUGUAAUUUAUAAAUGUCAUGGUCGAUUUAUAAAUGUCGUCGUCGAUUUAUAAAUGUCUUCGUACAUAUCCUAAAUUUUGCAGCAAAUUUAUAUAAUAGUGGGCAUAUAUAGUACCUAUGCAUAUUUGUGAAUGAGUUUUGGAACAGAUGGCAUGUGGUUCAAAACUUGGCCAGA